CACUUGUUGAACUUGGGAGUAAUAUUAACUCCUCUACACUAGAUUAGAUCCCGAGGUUUUAUAUAUAUUGCGCUAUCCGGUCUGUAUACAGAGAACAUAAGACCCAAUGUGAAGAACCAAACCAACUAAACUAAAAAGAUAUCUCCCAAGGCAGCAAAACAAGCUCCUCGACUCUCUUAUAUCUCCUAGCGCCCAGGAAUUGCUGAACUACGACAAAAUAGCACCAGUACCUGAAAAUCCCCAAACAGUCUUAGCGCGCACCCAAAAUAAUUUAUCGCAGUUAAUUAUCAACUGAUGCAAAACGAACACCUUCUCUUCUCCAGCACCCAUAACGGCCUUAACAAUGCUGAUCAGCCUUCAAUGAACUAGCACUUCGGUCCUAAUAUAUCAAAAUGCCACCAAAUCCCCAAUCCCCGCAACCCAAACGCAUCCUCACCACCCCCUCCCCGCUCAACCCAAUCCAAUCCCCCAAAUGGUACUCCGCAGUAACCCUUGAUCUCGUCCUCAGCGUCCUGCGUCGCACAAUCCUACACCCCUGGCCAGCCUGGAUCCUUGUCCUCAGUCUUCGAGCCCAGGUCACGCCGAUCACGGAUCCGGCGUUCAUCCUCGCGACGGGGUAUGCGAUCUUUCUCACGCUGAUCGCGGUCGCGAAGGUGGUUAAUAUGCGGAUUGCAGAUGGGUUACCGAGGACGGUAGAGUUAAGUGAUGAGGUGGUUGUUAUUACGGGGGGUGCGAGUGGGUUGGGGUUGUUGAUUGCGAGGAUCUAUGCGAUGCGGGGGGUUGGUGUUGCUGUGUUGGACUUGAAGGAUGAGAAGGGGGUGGAGCUAUGCGAGGGGAUGGAGUAUUAUAGUUGCGAUGUUGGGAAGAGGGAGGAGCUGGAAUCUGUGCUGGGGAGGAUUGAGGAACAGUUAGGCACCCCCACAGUUCUCAUAAACUGUGCUGCGGCGCGCAUCAACGGUCAACCGAUUUUGUCGCUCUCCGCCGAGGCGUUCCAGAAAACCAUCCAGACCAACUUGUUUGCUGUGUUUCAUACCUGCCAGGUGUUCCUCCCUCGGAUGCUGUCUGCUCCGAAUGGUGGCACGAUCGUGAAUGUUAGUUCGGUCUUGGGCCAAUUAUGUCCAGCCGGUUUGGCAGAUUAUUCGACGAGUAAGGCCGGCCUAAGUGCGCUCCAUCGGACAUUGGAGGCGGAGCUUCGCGCAUCGGGAGAUGAUGAAAAGGUGAAAUUGAUCCUGGUUGAGCCCGGUCAGGUGGCGACACCACUAUUCGCAUCGAUCAGAACACCAAACAAGUUCAUCGCCCCGGUUCUCGAACCGGUCCGUGUCGCCCAGAAAAUUGUUUCUGCGAUAGAGGAAGGAAGGGGAGGUGUCAUCCGCCUGCCGGCGUACGCCACGCUGGUUAACUGGUACUCGGUGCUGCCUGCAGGCCUGCAGCGCAUUGCCCGGUCUUUAAGCGGAAUAGAUCAUGCCGUAGCGCAAACGUCGAGUCUAGAAUCGUACGAUGAGCCGAAAGCUGCGAACGUGGAAUGAGGUAACGAGCAAACGUGCUAGAUGCAGACGUCCAUGCAAAUACCAGACCGCAUGAUGUAUAUAAGUUGUCCUCCAAGCCAAUCCCACAUAUGAAUGGAUGUGGUAUAUCCCCUUCUCCAGAGAAAGUGACGUGCUUACUGUUCCGAGGUCAAGAUCAUCUUCUGACGCUCGCUCUGUCUUGGCUUCAGCUGGUCCUUCUUGGUGUGCUUCCGAAUAUUCUCUUGACGUCUCUUGAUGGCCGAGAGUUCCUCUCUCUUGAUCUCGCCG